GUGGAUUACGUCAUUAUUUUAAUAAACUAUGCUAUCGAAAAAUAUAAGCAAUGGAAGCCACUGAAAAUUCAUUAAAUAUUCCGAUGAGAAUAACUGAAAAAUCUUUAACUUCAGAAGAUUAUAAUUUCAUUCAGGAUAAUGAAAAAGCGCAACAAAUCUUAUACAGUAAUGGAAACAGGAAAUUCAGAAGCAAUAAAAUCGUUCAGCUCGUAUUUAUCAAAUUCAGAGGAUAAUUCUAAUUCUAUUGUGGAAAAUCCAGAACAACCAAGUGUUCAAAGUGGUUUAAAAGGAAAUGAUGAAAUUGAUUUAUUUGAUGACUUCCCUGGAGAUGCAAAUAAUAACUUUAACAUAAAUACGAAUGAUCUUGAUGAAAACGACGUGUCCGAUGUGUAUCAAGUAUCUGAACAGCUAACUUUUUCUAAGAAACGAAAUAGAAAUCCCGAUUAACCAUUGACGAGAAAGCGGAAACAUUUUCGGUCCGCAUGGGUGGAUGUAAAUGCAAAAUGUGGAAGAAACGCAGGUUCUGCUGGUACUGGAAGAGAUGGUG